UAAUUCAAGUUAUAAGCAUUGCCGAGUUGAGUGAAUGCAAUUUGUUAUGUCAAAUUAGGAGUUUUCGUUUUAGUGUAAGAAAUUUGAAAUAUCUAAUACAAACUUGAUACCCCUACAUUCCUGUGACCUAGAUUUUGUAGCUUCAUUUUGUAUAGCAAUGGCUACUUUCGAUUUGAAAUAGGAAAUACAUUCGUUAUUUAUAUAGAAAACAAGCAACUUUGGGAUCUAGAUCUAUAUGGACACUUGAAGAGACUAACUAAUGAUGCGAAUUUGGAUAUAAAUUGACACCCUUAAAAGCUCUUGAAUCAGGUUACUAGAUUCCAGUGAAUUCUAGAUAUGACGACUGCUGGAAACGAAAGAUAUUUGCAAUAUAUACUGUUGUUAGGUGAAGGAAGUCUGCUGGUUCUCAAAGGUUUCAUAAAAAAGGAAGAGCAAAAGUCAGGACAAACACUUUCAUCUUUACUACUGAGUAAUUCAAAGCAACUUCGUCAACAGAUAAAAAAUGACAAACAAUAUGAACAUCUGUUCCCGCCAGCUGGAAGUGUGAAUGUUGACCUUGACACUUUUGACAUAUCACUGUUGACUCUGAUCAUUUUAAUUUUAUUUGGUCCUAACCUUUCCUCGCAAGAUCGUAUUGCAGUUAGGACUAUCCGAACCUUCAGGAAUUCUCUUUUCGGUCAUACAACUUCCUUAUCAUUAGAAGAAGAUGAUUUCAAUAUGCAUCGACAAGAUUUGGCGGCAGUACUUUUGCAACUGGCUAGGGAAUUAGAUCGAGACAUUUAUGACCAGUGUCAAGAAAUUAUCAAACGGUCAGCUUCCGCCUCUUUUGAAAUGAAAUCAGUUUUGCAAGAACUGAAAAACAUACACGAAUUUGACGUCAAAACAUUAACUAGAAUAGAAACUAGUUUGUGUGCGGCUCACGAAAAGCUGGAUAUCUUGUGCAGAGAAAAAAGCUGUGAUGAAGAAAGCUUAACACAUCCACCGAGCUCUCCGGAACUCAAAGAGAUGCAAGAGGACACAAAUGAAAUUAGGAUUGGAACUCAGGAAAUGAAAGAAUCACUCAAAGAAAUCAAAGAUUGCUUAACGAACUCACCAAGCUCUCCGGAACUCAAAGAGAUGCAAAGAGAUACGCACCAAAUUAAGAUAACCACACAGGAAAUGAAAGAAUCAUUCAAAGAUAUUAAAGAAAUCAAAGAAUUGUUGUUAAAAGUCAUGGCAGCUGAACAGAACGGAAGUUCAUCGGAUACCUCAACAAUUGAGCAAGAUGUUGAUACAAAAAUGUAUGUUACUGGUGACACAGAUGAGAGAACAGCACGUGCAGAAGAAGAAAUUGUUGCGACCAUAAAUAACUUGUUGAAAGAAAUAGAUUCUGCUGGUGGUUAUCAAUGUAUUGACGAAGAACAAAUAAGAUCGACUGUUCGCACAUUGCUCCGGGAUAAACAGGGUUCUGAUUAUGAGCUUAGCAUUGCAUUAUUGGAACUUCUGCGGGAUAUCAUUAGACAGCCAGGAACUUACGUGUUGCCAGCUGUAAGGAGCUGUGUUGUUUUGAAGAUCAGAUGUACUUCCCUUCGGAGUUUGCUAGCAUUGCUGCAGUAUCUGGAGAGUGACGCCUUCUAUCAAAGACUAGCUAAACUUUCAGCAGUUGUCAGUAUCAGACUGGGAAAAUCAAUGUCUGUGUCGGCACAAGUGGCACCAGAUUCCUUACAAAAUAUUACAUCACUCGUGUCGAAGUACUGUGCAAAGACUUGUUCAAAGGUCAUCACGCUUCCGAUACGUUGUCGAUCAUUGGAUGCACUUUCUCAUGUAUGGGGUAUGUUCGGAGAAGGUACAGCAAGCCAUCAUUUCAGUAGAAUUUCUGAAUCCAUUACAAAUGUUGUUGGUGGAAAGAUUACAGUAUCAGCAUCAGUAAACAGGAGUCAAUUGAAAGAUCAACUGUCAGCAAGUCUUGAAGGUAUGGAAUCCGAUUCGAAUGACAAGUUACAAAUAGGCAAAAGUGUUGGUGAAACAGGACAUGAUACAGAAAACACAGUGAGCCCUGCAAUAGAUUUACCAACAGAUAAUCAGGAAGUGCAAGCACCACCAGAAAUACCUUUGAGAAACGUCUACAAAAUACAACGCCAGGUAAUGGGCACAAUACGCCUUGAGAGCGAACAUACCAAAUGUCACAUCACAUGUUGCUGUGUUCUGCCAAAUAGCGAACUUCUCCUCGGAGAUGGCAAACACAAAAAACUGAAAAAAUUGAACAGUUCAUAUGAGUUGACAAGUUUCUGUAAUGUUAAAGGUUAUCCAAGUGAUGUUUGUUACCUAGGGCACAAUGAAGCAGUUGUUUGUCUUUCACGGAAAGUUAUGCAAUUUGUAGAUGUAGGGGACAAAGUUACACCAACUAGACGUGUAACUUUAGAACACAUUUGUACCGGAAUGGCGUCCGACGGUUCAUUGAUUUAUAUCACUGACGAUUGUACUUUGUACUGUUACCAACGUGACCUAAAUGAGCAUCAGAUCGUUUUCAAAGAUGACGGAAACAAUUUUCACAGCGUAGCGGUCAACGCUAUGGAAGAAAGGAUUUUCUACAUCUGUUGCAAUGAAAAACUUUUGACCGUUGACCAAAGGGGACAGAUAGUCAACAGUUUGAUUGGGAACGAAUUUAGUGACCCAAAGGGAUUUUGUUUUUCGAAAAGCGGUACACUCUUUCUCGGCUGCUUGUCUCCCAAUCGUGUUCUAUGUAUUGAUGUCAAUGAAAACAGAAUCAUGGGAACAGCUUUGGACGAUUUGAAGCUUGUCCGCUCGAUAUGCUUUGAUACAGAAAAGUCAGCGCUCAUAAUCGGUGCAUGUGAUGAUGUCAUUACCGUCUAUGAAAUUGAAAGGCUUGAACGACCAACUAAAUAUAUUUGAUCAAAGAAAAAUUCUUCAACUCUCAUGGCAUUUCGUUGAAGGGACUGAGUUAUAACUAUAAGUUUGACAAUAAUAACAAUACUAGUGACAAAAGCCGUAAAAACGACCUGUCAUUUAUCAUGCAAAAACUUAUUGAGAAUUUGUUUUACAUUCGCGUCGUACAAUGAAUUCAAAACUGAA